GCGUGGCGACAGAAGGACCUGCAUGAAGAUUCUGCAGUGCGAUUCUUCGUAAAAACUUUCCAAGGUUUCCCUACUACGUCUGGAGUCCUUGACCAUCUGGUCCAAGGGUCGGACCCAUAUCAGUAGUGUCCUUCUGGGCUGCAGCUCCAGGGGCGACGCCCACUGCUUCAACUCAAAAUUCUAGGGGCAGUACGAGCGAGGGGUCGCCCGACUGACCCCUAUUGAGACCUUAAGAGACGUACACGCGUGCUGCCGACGCCUGCAAAAUUAGCGGCGGGAACCCAGACCCAGUCUGAGUCAUUGGAACUCUCUGCAGUCUAGGGUUGUCAAGCUCCGAGACAAGAAAAACUACACUCCCCACAACCCUUUGCGCCUUCGGCUUGCUGCGGUAGCUUAUGGCCAAUCGGGACAGGCAGCUGUGGCGGGGGCCGAGGAGGGACAUUUUAAAAGGGCCGGAGAUUGCAGGCGUCAGUGGCCAUGGCGGAUACAGCGACUACAGCAUCGGCGGCGGCGGCUAGUGCCGCUAAUGCCUCGACCGAUGCACCGCCUUUCCAGCUGGGCAAACCCCGCUUCCAGCAGACAUCCUUCUUUGGUCGCUUCAGGCACUUCUUGGACAUCAUCGACCCUCGCACACUCUUUGUCACUGAGAGACGUCUCAGAGAGGCUGUGCAACUGCUGGAAGAUUAUAAGCGUGGGACCCUGCGCCCGGGGGUUACCAAUGAGCAGCUGUGGAGUGCACAGAAAAUCAAGCAGGCUAUUCUACACCCGGACACCAAUGAGAAGAUCUUCAUGCCUUUUAGAAUGUCAGAAAGACAAGAUGAGGGAAGAUGGAGGACAUCCCAGGGCCUUCAGAGACACUGUGGUUACAUUCCUUUUGGGACGCCAAUUGUUGUUGGUCUUCUCUUGCCCAAUCAGACAUUGGCGUCCACUGUCUUCUGGCAGUGGCUGAACCAGAGCCACAACGCCUGUGUCAACUAUGCAAACCGCAAUGCUACCAAGCCUUCACCUGCAUCCAAGUUCAUCCAGGGCUACCUGGGAGCUGUCAUCAGCGCCGUCUCCAUCGCUGUGGGCCUUAACGUCCUGGUUCAGAAAGCCAACAAGUUCACCCCGGCCACCCGCCUUCUCGUCCAGAGAUUUGUGCCAUUCCCUGCCGUAGAGGAUCACUUGGUGCGGUGUGACCCUUCCAGAACGUUAUCCAGGGAUUUGUGUGGACACAUGUGUGUACCAGUUGUGUGGUUUACGUGCAGCAAACCAUCCUGUACAUAUUCAUCUCUCAGUGACAGUACUGCUGGAGCUGAACUUUUCAGGAGUGUGGUAAGAGCGAUCUGGGAGGGUUUGAAAGGAAUCCAGUAGAACUUAAAGCUCUGGAAGAGAUAGAUCAUGGAAUCACUGAAGCAGGCUGGCAUUCUCAUUGCUCAGAGGUAGGGAUGGCUAGUAACCGGUGCAUACAGCAAGUGCUCAAUAAAUGGCUAACCACUGUACAGAGUCAACAGAAGAGAUUACAGGGCAUGUGCUGAGUUGACAGUAAGAAAGUGGGUGAUCGCCGAGAGGAGCCUGGGGUUGCCAUCAUUCUGAGGUGGCUUUCAGGGAUUUCUCUGUCUCUUUCCCAUCUCACAGCUUAGAUGAGAGGGGGACAUUGUCAUUCUCAAAAGGGUCUAGGCAGGGAGGGAGGAUGGGUUUUCACUUCCUUUCAUGCUUUGUCUUUCAUCUCAAGUGGUUUUGUGUUUGGACCAAUGGCCUGCUCUAUCCUUCUGAGGCCACAUCACAUAUUCAGAAAUUUCAGAAAGCAGGUGAGAUGCCACCACAGCCUGGGGCAACUCCAUCAGCUCCCAAACCAUGCUCUCAUACACACGCGCACACACACACAGUUGGACAUGACAUGUUUCAGCUGUCCCUGGCUUCCCCCUACCUGGACAAGCCUGUAAAGUCAGCCAGCACCCAGAAAUUCAUGGACACACUAAAUGCAGCCCCAUUUUUACACUUGGGAGGCCGGCAGGGAGCGGAGUUCACAGAGUGAGUUUAAGCAGCUGCUCCUCCCCUGAACCACAUUCCUGUGGCCUUGCCUUUCCUGGAAUGGUGGUGGUGAUGGUGGUAGAAUGUAUUCUGAGAGAGCAGAGAUUAAUGCCUUUCAGGGCAGAAAACUCCAAUAUUAUCUCCAACGGUUUUCUUGGGUCUCCUGGUACUUAAGGGCCUGGCUGUCCCAGGGGUGUGAUAGGUGCAGUACAUCCCUGCCACCACUAGAGGGCGAGUCACUAACACAGGCCAGGUGCCCCUACCCAAGGCCUCUCUGGGGGCCCUUCUGGACCCCAAGCCCUAGGGGGCCCUGGGGCUAUCAGGAGCUCACCUCUAAGGGUGAGGAGCAGGAGAUGAAGAGCCAGGCUUGUAACCCAAGGCCGACUGGCCUGAAACCCAGGCUCCCAUCCUCUCCUCCUUUACCUCAGAUUCACCUGACUGACUCUCAGUCUCUGGGUGUGUAUAAGACAAGGGCUUUUCAGCGUCAACUCUGCUGACAUGUUGGGCCGGAUCGUUCUUUGCUGCGGGGGCUGUCCUGUGCCUUGUAAGAUGUUUAGUCUCUGGCCUCUACCCAGAGAUGCCAGUAACAACCCCCGCCCCCCAGGUCGUGAUCAUCAAAAAUGUCUCCAACGUUGCCAAAUGCCUCACAAAACCAGCCCCGGUUGAGAGCCCCUGUUUAAGACAGGAGAGUGUGGCUGCUGUGGAGACAGCAGGGACUGAUGCCGACAAGGUCUGCCCAUGGCUUCCACUAUGACUGUGUGUCGUGUGGAAACACGAGAGCUGCUCGGAGACGGCAUAUGUGCUGUAAACGCGUUUCGAAACUGUACUGGGUCUCCUGCUUUUCUUCUCCAAAGGCUGCAGCGUACCUCGGUCUUCCCCUCUGUUUACUCCACCUCCCCGCUUAACUGAAACAGGAGACUGAGGCUCCGAGACCCUCAGGGCCUCGAGCGGCCCCUCAUCUGCAGGGCCCUGUCCCCCAACUGCAAGCGCCCUGGCCCGCUCCACUCCCUAGCAUUGGCUUGGGCACCAGGAGCAUCUGCGGUCCUCCUCCGACUCCACCUGCCCACUAGGCCCUGCCGCCCUCCAGUUCCCCAAACCCUGGCGCCCCCCCUCACUGGAGGGAGUGAGGAAGCAGCAGGUGUUGAUGCUAAUCAGCGUUCACAGCCCAGAACUGCAGUCGCUCCCAGGCUCACACACUCCCCAAAAUUAAACACUCAUUAUACAAAAUUAAUUGACAUUAAUUAGCAAAAAUUAAAACUUUAAACACAGCAAGGCGCUUUUGGGGGAGGAGUGAAGCAGGCGGGCUCCACAUUUGUCACCUCCACACUGCCCACCCUCCCACCACCCCCAAAUCCCCCCGCUUCCAUCCUGGAGCAGGACCAGAGUUCAGGCGAGGUCAGCACCCACACCCGGCCCUGGGCCCAGGCCCAGCCAUGUGAAUCCCAAGGGAGAGAAGCCAGCUGAUGGGCGGCCCCCCCAAAGUUGGACACACUCUGCCGAAGUAAGGAGCCAGGAGCCCUCCCCUCAGCCUGGGUCCCCAUGAUCUCAGCUGAGAUGGGGAGGCAUGGCCAAAGGAGGAAACCCAAGCAUCUGAAUCAAGAAUGUAGAAGGCAUGCCUUUAGCCCCCACCCCAAACUCUUCCAUCUCCUGGGUACCCAGAGGAUGGGGCACUGUAGCCCUUCAGCUCUGUCCCACUUUGCUGUGUGACCUCAGACAAGUCACCCCCCUCUCUGAGCCUCAAUCUUCCAUCCAUAUGAUGAGGGGGAGGCGUUGGGUGAGCACUGAGGUUCCUGCCUGCUCUGGCACCUGCUGUCAGGGAAGCAAGUCUCUGGGAGCUUGAUUCACUCCGAGGAGUGAGGGGCUAAGUGUGGGGGGCAGCUGGCAUUUUAAGAGGACGCCCAGAAAGGCAGCCAAGGGGCUGAGGAGCUGAUGGCGGAGCAUCCGGCACCCGUGGGGGUUGCCCUCCUGGAUGGGCAUCCACUUCGCCUGCCGGUGAGGCCUAGCCCUGAGGAGAGGAAAGCUGUGUCCUGGAUAACUGGCUGCUCUCUGAGCCCUGAACAGUUUCCCCUUCCCCCCUCACACGGGUUAUUUACUUUCCACUUUUGCUUUCCAGGUUCCCAAGGGCCCCACAUCCUUCACCAGGCUGACAGGCAGCAGGUCACGCCUUCACCCACUGUUGGAGCGGUGCUGUGCUUAGUCACUCAGUCGUGUCUGACUCUUUGUGACCCCGUGGACUGUAGCCCACCAGGC